AUGAAACAACUCACUGCAGGAGGAAGCUCCACAAAUAUCCUCAUCUUUAGUGAUGGAAGAGCCAAUCAUAGCAGUGCAAAAGGCCUUUUCAGAUGCAAAGAGGAAAACUGUAAAGCCAGUCUGAUAGAAAUUGCUCAUCAUCCCAUGGUUCCAAUAAAGAUCAAUCGGUUUUGGGCAUUUUUACUCAGAGUGGUGAUUGGAGCAUUUGGAAUCAGUGGAUCAUCUGUUUUACUGGAGUACCAGCAGUGUCAGAAAGCAACUCAUCAUAUUUUAACUUAUAGCGAUAUUGCACCGUGGCUGCACACAUUUCAAGCUGCAGAUGUAACAGACUAUUCACAGCUGAUCUUUGACCCGAGCCAAAAAGAACUCAUCGUUGGAGCAAAAAACAACCUCUACAGGCUAAAACUGGAGGAUCUGACAUUAAUUCAGGUAGUGGAAUGGCUCCCAGAUGAAACAUCAAAAAAGAGUUGUUUCAAUAAAGGAAAAACGGAGGAGGAUUGUCAGAAUUAUAUCCGGGUCCUCCUCAUAAACAGCACCAAGAUCUUCACUUGUGGCACGAAUGCGUAUAAUCCAAUAUGUACCUCUCGGCCGCUAACUGACUUGACAGCAAUCCAUGAUCGCAUCAGUGGCAAGGCUCGCUGUCCAUACAAUCCACAUCAGCCUUCCACUGCUCUAAUUACAUCCACUGGGGAAUUGUAUGUUGCCACAGCCAUGGAUUUCCUAGCGAGAGACGUUGGCAUCUACCGGAGCCUGGGUGGGCUUCCUCCUCUGCGCACGGCUCAAUACAACUCAAUGUGGCUGAAUGAACCAAAUUUUGUGUCAUCUCAUGAAAUUGGAACAUUCACAUAUUUUUUCUUUCGGGAGCAUACAGUAGAAAUUGACUGUGGAGUAAAUAUUUUCCCCAGAGUGGCCAGAAUGUGUAAAAGUGAUAUUGGAGGGCAAUUUAUCCUGGAGAAUACCUGGACAACCUUUAUGAAAGCUCGAUUAAAUUGUUCUCACUCUGGUCUAGUUCCUUUUUAUUACCAGGAGGUGAUAAGCACUUUCUUUUUACCUGAGCAAGACAUGGUGUAUGGAAUCUUCACCACUAACAUCAAUGGUUUAGCGUUUUCAGCUGUCUGCAUAUUUCAUCUGAACGCCAUUAAUCAAGCUUUUGCUGGACCAUUCAAGUUACAGGAAAAUUCAGCAUGGCAAACUGUUUCCAAUCCUAAUCCUGAUUUUCAGUGUGGUACUAUUGAUUCUGGUCCUUCUGUGAAGCUCACAGAGAGGAAUCUCCAGGAUGCUGAAAAGUUUAUUCUUAUGAAUGAAGCUGUGCAACCCACAUCUUCAAUGCCUGUCUUCCUGGAAAACAACAGUCGGUUUUCCCACAUAGUUGUGGACAUUGUGCAAGGAAAGGACAUGUUUUUCCAUGUUAUAUACUUGGCCACAGACUAUGGAACUAUUAAGAAAGUUCUUGCCCCUGUGAAUCAAGGUCAGAGUGGUUGUUUGCUGGAGGAAAUACAACUCUUUCCAACCAAUCAGCGAGACCAUAUAAAGAACCUUCAAAUCCUACACAGUCAGAGUGUUCUGUUUGUUGGACUACAGGAGCAUGUGAUAAGACUCCCUCUGAAACGCUGCAGCUUUUACAGAAGUCAGAGUUCAUGUGUGGGAGCUCAUGACCCUCACUGUGGCUGGGAUCUGACCGCAAAGAAAUGCACAACGUUAGAAGAAAGUACAAAUGUGAAUAAGUGGGAGCAAGAACUCGAUUUGUGCCCACAAUGAUGAUUUGAAUUCAAUGC